AUGGCUUGCUAUAUCGAAAAUUGUAGCAGUUUCCCACUUUUAAUAUGCAGCUGCUCAACUAAAGGGACCCUUAUAUGUGACGAUCACUUUGAAUCCCAUUUGUCAGAGAUCAAUAAAUAUCCUCACAUCGCUAAUUCUAUAUUUGACUCAUCAAUUUUAGAGUCUCGAGAAAAAUUAAAGGAAAAUAAUAAAUCCACAAUAAAUAAAAGCCUCGAAAACUUUCCUGAAACAAAAUUAUCACUAAUUAAUCCUGAACUGAAUAAAAUUGAUAAAGAAAUACAAUCUUGCCUUAUAAAAUUGAGAAGCAAUUUAUCUUCAAAACUCAUCAAGAAAAGAAAUUUGGUAAAUAUUACCCUUAAUGAUUUUUCAAAAUCAAAAAAUCAGUACUGCAUAAAAUGCAGCCAAUCUGAAUGCAAGUGUCAUUUCAUACAUUAUGUUAAAAAUCAUGAAAAAACAUGCAAAUUUACUAUUCGCAAUUUCGAUGAGAAGUUAGCUUAUUUGAUAUCUCAAGAUAUUUCGAAAUGGAAAAACAUUGAAAUUUUUAAAGGUUCUUAUUUCAAUAAAAUUGACAUCAAAACAUACCCUGAGAUUUGCGACAUCUUAAAGAAUAUUCUAUCAAAAAAGUUGCAGGAUGGACUAUUUAAUUUGAUAUUACUCUCUAAAGAAUCUUCAGAAGUAUCUCAAGGAUCAAGUAACGCCAUUACAAUCUUAAACCGCCUUGACUAUCCAUUAUCUCAUAGAGACUUAAGAGGCAUAAAUAUCCCUGGAGCAGAUUUAUCAAGCUCCCUUAUCAUCGGCACAAAUUUCAAAGGGAGCAACCUUACGAACGUAAAUUUUGGCAAAGCAAAUCUUUACUCAGUCAAUUUUGAUGACUGCUACUUAGCUGGAGCUGAAUUUGGCGAAAGUUGUUUAAGCCCUAUUAAAACUGCUGGCACUAUAGUAAAUUUUUCUCCUUGUGGAAAAUAUAUAGUCCUCUGUAAGAAAAACCAAACUGAAAUUUUCAUAUGUGACAUCAGCAGCCAAGAAAUAGUGAAAAUCUACCCCACUGAUCAAAGAGUUUACCAUUGUGAAUAUUCACCUUGUGGAAAUUACUUAGCGAUAGUUCAUCAAGAUAAAGUAAUAUUAUGUAAUGCAAAAGUUCAUCAAUAUAAAGCAAUAUUAUGUAAUGCAGAAAUUUUUGAUUCUGUUGUCCAUACUUGUGAUGAGAUAUCUGAAAUUAUUUGUUCUUUUGCUUUUUCAUUAUGCAGCAAAUGGCUUGCAGUGGGACUAUACAACCAUGACAUCAAAAUUUGAGACAUAAACACAAAGACACAAGUGAGGUACUUAUGUGGACAUGAUAGUCCUGCUAUAUCUCUUGCUUUUACCAAGAACUACUUGAUAUCUACAAGUGAUUGGGGCUUGAUUUUGAUAUGAAAUAUUAAUCUCCCAGAGAAAAUAACUGUCAUAGACAAAUUAGGAGUUCUUAGAACUGUUAAAAAUAAGCAAUUAGUCAAAUCAAGGUAUGAGCUCACUUGAAUAGUAUUAUCACAAAAUGAAAAAUAUAUAUAUGCUUCAAGUAAGCAAAAACUUUUUAUGUGAAAUGUAGAGAAACUAGAAGAAAAAACUCAAUUUAGUGAUUUAACCAGUGUGUUUUAUGAUUGAGCUCUAUCCCCAUGCGAAAAAUUCAUAGCUGUUUCAAAUAAGAAGGGGCUUGUGCAAAUUUUUGACAUCGAGAGUCAGGUCUUUACCUUUCAGAUUCUGAUGAAACCUUGAAGUUCCCCUAAGAUCGCUUUUUCUCCUAAUGAUGAUAGAUUAGCAAUUGCUGGAAUUAAUGAGUUUGCUAGAUCAUGAAAAUACAAAAAUCCAUCAUUCAAAAACCCAGAAAUAACCAAUAGAAAAUAUGAUUUUAUGGUUUUGUGGGCCCCAAAUGAAGAUCAAUUUGCAUUAAUAUCUAGAGAAGCUGCUGUCGGUCUUAUUGAAAUAUGAAGCUGCAAAACUAAAAAAGUGGUCCGGGAAAUUAAAUGGUAUUUUGGAUUAGAGGUAAAUCCUAUUUUUGCUUUUUCUCCACAUGGAAACCAUUUUGUUCUGUCCAGCUAUUGUGGCCUCCAUUUGCAUAGAUCAACUGUAGAAUAUGUUAGAGAUUACCCGCUGAGAGUUAGUACAUUUGUGAUUUCUAGAGAAGGUCUCAUUGCACUCGGUUUUAUUGAUGGCCACAUUGAAAUUGCUGAAUUAUACUCAAAUAAGCUAAUAUGCAAAAUAAAUUCCUCGACAAGUAAAAAUGCACACUGUGAAGAUAUAAAAUUACUUGCAUUUUCUUGCGAUUCUAAAAGACUUGCAUCUGCCAGCAGUAGCGGCGGCUUUAUUAGAUUCUGAAAUGUUAAAACAGGGGAUUUUAUUGCUCAAAUUCAAAUAAAGCCAAAAAAAUUGUCUAGUCUUCCUUUAGCCUCAAUUAACUUUGCACCCUAUCAAAAUUAUCUUGCCUUUACAGCGAAUCCAUGCAAUUGGGUUACUGUUUGCCAUGUAAACUCUCCAGAAGAAGCAAUUAGGCUUUAUGGAUUAAGCACUCUAAGUUACUCACAAGUAAAAUUUUCUCCUUGCGGAUCUUUGCUAGCUGCCAUAAAUUUGAAUUUUACUAUUGAUUUAUGGAAUUUUGAAAAAAGAAUGUUGGUUUAUACUCUGAAAGGGCAUUUGGGAGUUAUCAACUCCUUUGAUUUUUCUCUAUGCGGCAAAAAAAUUAUAUCUGGCAGCGAAGAUAUGACGAUAAAAUGCUGGAAUAUAAGGCAUCUGUAUGAUGAUUCAAAAGAAGAAAAUUUGAUCUGUCUAGAGUGGUCAUUAAAGAAGCAUGAGCUAGUUGCUUCUGGUAUAUCAUUAUCAAGAGCUGUAAUUAGUGAAAAAAAUAGGGAGUUGUUGGAUUUCUUAUCAAAAAAGGAUAUAAAACAGUCAAAAAAUUAUUUGAUAUAA